UCAAGGAUCAGAGGGAGGAUGGCCAGGAGCAGCCAAAUACAACCAACAAACCAAAAAGAUUGGUUCUUAGCAUACCUUCAAAAUGCCUAGGACGGGAUAAAGAAAACAUUAAGCAAAGAGAAGUUGAAAGGGGUAAUCCAGGAUGAGAAAAUCAGAGCUGAUUUUUUCUGAAAACUGCACCACCUCUGUCCUAAUGUUGUGUGUGAUAUAGCUGCUCAGUUCUUCAAAAGUGAAAGGAGAAAACUUGUAAUACUACAUACAACACGAGGACAGGUAUGGUGCUGGUUUUGGAAACAAAUAGCUCUGUUUUCUAUUCCCUUUUAACAAACUCCUAGGAUCCAGCAACAUUCAUCUGAUGGACGGCAAAGGGCUCAGUGCUCACCCCAUUAACGCUCCUUGAGGGGGGGUCCCACAUCCUGGCUCCAUAUCAAGCUCAAGGUCCCUGACUGCGCUCCCACUCAAGCAAGAUCUGCUGUGCACCCGCCAAGCCAAAAUCAUCAAAAAAUAAGGUGAAACUGGUUCCGGCAAGACAACCCAGAUUCCACAGUACCUGUAUGAAUCCAGCAUAGGGCGCCAGGGCAUCAUUGGCGUGACCCAGCCACGCAGAGUAGCUGCUAUAUCUCUGGCAACAAGAGUAUCGGAAGAGAGAAAGACGGAGCUCAGUAAACUGAUCCUUGUGCUUGUAUUGGCAGGUGGGCUACACUGUACGUUUUGAAGAUGUCACAUCAGAAGAGACUAAAAUAAAGUUUCUCACUGAUGGUAUGCUGCUUCGUGAAGCAAUUGGAGACCCGCUUCUGCGCAGGUACAGUGUGGUCAUUCUGGAUGAGGCUCAUGAGAGGACAGUUCACACUGAUGUACUUUUUGGAGUUGUUAAAACGGCACAAAAGAAGAGAAAGGAGCUUGGAAAGCUUCCAUUAAAGGUCAUUAUCAUGUCAGCUACAAUGGAUGUGGACUUGUUCUCUCAAUAUUUUAAUGGAGCUCCUGUCCUGUACUUGGAAGGCAGACAGCAUCCUAUCCAGGUUUUCUAUACAAAACAACCUCAAAGUGAUUAUCUUCAAGCUGCACUGGUUACAGUUUUCCAGAUCCAUCAGGAGGCCCCAGUGUCUCACGAUAUAUUAGUGUUCCUGACUGGUCAGGAAGAAAUUGAAGCAAUGACAAAAACAUGCAGAGACAUAGCAAAGCACCUCCCAGAUGGUUGUCCCCAGAUGACGGUGAUGCCACUUUAUGCCUCUCUACCACAUUCACAACAGCUCCGUGUAUUCCAAAAUGCCCCAAAGGAUCAUCGCAAGGUUAUUCUGUCAACCAAUAUUGCUGAGACUUCUAUUACCAUAACAGGCAUCAAAUAUGUAAUAGAUACCGGCAUGGUGAAAGCAAAGAAGUACAACCCUGACAGUGGACUUGAGGUCCUAGCAGUGCAGCGUGUAUCCAAGGCCCAGGCCUGGCAAAGAACUGGAAGAGCAGGUAGAGAAGAUAGCGGCAUAUGCUACAGGCUUUACACAGAGGAUGAGUUUGAGAAGCUUGAGAAAAUGACUGUACCAGAGAUUCAGAGAUGCAAUUUGGCCAGUGUGGUGUUGCAGCUUCUUGUCUUGAGAGUUCCUAACAUCCUCACCUUUGAUUUUGUAUCGAAACCUUCACCAGAUUCCAUACAGUCUGCCACUGAGCAGUUGGAUCUUCUUGGUGCAGUGGAAAGAAAGGAGGAUCAAAUCAUUCUCACACCAUUAGGAAAGAAAAUGGCUGCUUUUCCUUUAGAGCCUAAGUUUUCCAAGACUAUCCUUAUUUCCCCCAAAUUUCACUGUACAGAGGAGAUCCUGACUAUUGUGGCACUGUUGUCUGUAGACAGUGUUCUUCACAAUCCACCUGCCAAACGUGAUGAAGUGCAAGCAGCACGCAAGAAGUUCAUUUCUAGUGAGGGAGAUCAGAUCACCUUACUCAACAUCUACCGAGCAUUUAAAAACCUGGGUAAAAAUAAGGAGUGGUGCAGAGAAAAUUUUAUUAAUGGUAGAAAUAUGAUGCUGGUUUCAGAGGUUCGUGCUCAGCUCAGAGACAUUUGUAUAAAGAUGUCAAUGCCAAUAGAGUCAUCAAGGACAGAUACACGGAAUAUCCGCCAGUGCUUAGCUCAUGGCUUGUUCAUGAAUGCAGCAGAGCUGCAACCCGAUGGAACAUACACCACUGUUGAGACGCACCAACCUGUGUCUAUACACCCCUCAUCCAUUCUUUUUCACUGCAAGCCAGCCUGUGUUAUUUACAAUGAACUUCUUCAUACUUCUAAGUGCUAUAUGAGAGACUUGUGUGUUGUGGAUGCUGACUGGCUGUUUGAGGCAGCGCCAGAAUAUUUCAGGAGGAAAUUAAAAUCUGCAAAGAACUGAGAGGCAACUAAAGUGUUUUAUUGAAUGCUAAAUAGGAUUUUGCUACUAUGGUCUAUCACUAUUUAAAGUAAUAGCCAAAUAGUUAAUUCUAACUGAUGGGAAUCCUCUGUUAGGAAUCCUUAUAUCUUUGCCAGAGUGAAGAACAGCUACAAAGAGUAGGGGGACCAGUCCUGCAUUACACAGACAGCCUAUUGAUUUCUCACAGAUAACUGAUUGGUGUGGGUCCCAGCAAGGGUUUCUGGGUGAUCAGCGCACUGUGUAGGGACCCUUAAAACAAGGAUUGCCCAAAGCAGAGAACUCCUUUCAUUCUGUACCUAGUUUUAUAGGACCUGAACACCUUUUAAGUUGGGCAAUUGUGCUAUAAAAAUGUUUUAUAUUGUAAUUUUAAAAGAUUAUCUGUUAUUUUAGUGUUCUGUUUAUGCUUGCCGGACAAACCUUCCAUAGAUUAUAAAAAUACUCCUUCCAUGUUUCAGAGCUAUACAGCUAAGGCCCCUUUCACACUAUAAAAUUAACCUGUUUUAAAGAUCCGUUCAAUGUUCUGUUAUAAAAACCCUUAAAAACGGCCCUUAAACUGCCGUUACAAAAUCCCAUUAUAGUGUAUGGAAUUUUUACAUUAUCCGUUUUAACCCGUUGUAGCCCGUUAGUAAUAACGGACGUUAUUUUGUGAUGGGAGGCACUAUUUCUUCCGUUCUUUCUCCCGUCACAAAAUAACAUUCGUUAUUAAUAACGGGUUAAAAUGGAUAAUGUAAAAAUCCCAUACACUAUAAUGGGAUUUUGUAACGGCCGAUUUUAAGGGUUUUUAUAACGGAACAUUAAACGUAUUUUUAAAAUGGAUUAAUUUUAAAUUGUGAAAGGGGCCUAAGCCUAAUAUUUGGACAUUUUACUUUAAACCUAAAUCUAAUCUAAUGAGGAAUAACUCUGAAAUAUUUCACCCAAUUUUUUUUAGCCCAUUUACGGCCCUUAAAGGGGUACUCGAUUUGCAAAAAAUUGUUUUCCACAGAACUAGCUCCAGAAUGUUACAGAUUUUUAAAGGACUUCUAUUAAAAAUAUUAACCAUUCCAGUACUUAUCAGCUGCUGUAUGCUUCACAGGAAGUUUAGUUGUUCUUUUCUGUCUGACCACAGUGCUCUCUGCUGACACCUCUGUCUGUGUAAGGAACUGUCCAGAGUAGGAGCACUGUGGUCAGACUGAAAAGAACUACUCAACUUCCUGCGGAGCAUACAGCAGCUGAUAAGUACUGGAAGGGUUAAGAUUUUUUAGUAGAAGUAAUUUACAAAUAUGUUUAACUUUCUGGAGCCAGUUAAUAUGAAAAAAAAUAGUUUUCCACCGGAGUAACCCUUUAAAUCUAAAGUUCUGCCAGUCCUUAUUUUCAAUCUUCAUUGCUGGAUGACUAGCGAUAAAUCCAGUAACAGAUUAUCUAUAAAUAUACACAA